UCAGAAAUUUAGUUUGCAAAAAAAACGUCAGUGUGGGUUUUCCCCAGCCUGUCGCUUUCAGUUCCUUCUUUCUCCUCUCAGCCUUUAAAGUUGAAAACUCACUGAAGUCUGUCAUUGACAUUCGUGAAGCAACUGGCAACUUGACCUGAAUUGAGGUUUGUGAAGAUGUCGGACCCAGAGAUCCAGAACCAGCCUCUCCUGGCGGCUACCAGCCAGCCGGCAGUCAAUGCUCAGGGCGGCCGCCCCUCUCGGGCCCACAAGGUGGCAGGUCUGACCCUGUUGGCCUGUGUCCUCAUCGCGGGCCAGGUGGCGACCACCUACUUGGUCCUCAGCCAGAGGAGCGACAUCAAAUCUCUGGAGGACCAGAGCAAAAACCUGCAGUCGAGGUUGUCCGUGUCCAGAUCCGGAUCUGGUGGUGCAGCUUCUGUCCCCAUGCGCAUGCCCAUGAACGCCUUUCCCAAAGUGUUGGAUGUGGUGGACGAGGAGGCGUCUACCGAGGUCACAGAUAAAACUGUCCCCCAGCAUGCCACGGACUGCCAGCUGGAGGCGGCCGGUCGGAAGCCUCUGCAGGUGCCGGGUUUCCGGCCGGCCUGUGACGGGCGCGGCCUCUACCGGGCGCAGCAGUGCUUCCUGGGCAGCUGCUGGUGUGUGAACCCGGCCGACGGGCAGCAGGUCCCCGCGUCCUCGGGAGGACGAUGCGGCGCGUCCGUCCCCAUCGACAGCUUCAGCAAACUGUUGACUCUGCCGGACCUUGAUGAAGCUGAGAGCGCCAGCCCCCGAGCGUAAUGACAUGUUGCAUGUUCAUCAACUUCUAAUCGCUUUCAUAUCUGUACUACUCGAUUAGCAUAUAGGGUUUUACAUACAGCUGUUAAAUAAACCAAAAAUAACCAUUUAUCUGCUUGCCUUAUUAUCAGUUUAUUGCAACUUAUCUGCCAUCUGUACUAAAUGGACAUUGAUUGUUAUUAAUUACGUUGCUACUGUCAGGUUCUUUUUUUUUUUUUUAAUGGCUGGUUAAAGUUAAGGAUUUUUCGGUUACUGUUAAUUGGAUUUUAUUCAGAUGUCAGUGUGAUUAAAAAUAAAAAUCUCUGGUGGGAGGAUACAAUUAGUGAAACAUCGACCAACAUUUAGACAAAAUUAGGAAAUGAUACUCCACUUUUCAGACAAUGGUAAACUGUAUUAUCCCCAUUUAUUUGAACCAAUAAAAACCUUAGACAUUUA